CUCACUUAUUCUGAGAUUUAAAAUUAUGUAUAGAAACUCCCCGAAAAACUGUCUCUUGAGAGAUGACGCGCAUAAAAUGUAUAACAUACGCAUGCACUCAUUCCAUUGUCACGCAAUCAUAACCUCUUGCCUGAGACAUGUUACUUCAUGUCACAACGCACACAUUCGGUUAUCAUCAUGGCGUUGAGUCGUUCGUUGUUCGAGGUUGUCCAACCUUAUACAGACUGUAUAGCUAAAUCAGAAAUGCCAGUGAAGACAACUGUCAUCACGGGGCUUCUGUAUGGCUUCAAAGCAUUUCUUCAACAAAUUGUCUUCAAUUGUCCUCGGGAUUACCACGUCCUCUAUGGUUGCCUUUUCAUAUGUGGUCCCGCUGUCGUUUUGUUUUGCCUCUCCAUGUUAAUAUCUGAGUCCUUCUGGACCCUUGUCACUGGCUGCUUCCGUCUCCAAUCGCGUAAGCGAAGACUGGUGUGGUGGAAAUCAAGUAAAAGUGUGUAUUUGUCGCUUCUCCCGCCGUGUAUAUGGUUCGUCUUCGCUUUCAUGGAAGGCGAUUUCUAUGUCUGUUCAACUCUCGGACCCAUUAAACCCGCUCUUGACCACGCCACUGAUGAAAGCUCAAGAGAAAAGAUUCAAGAGAAGUUUGCCCAAGCGAAGAGCUUAUCGGCGAUUAUAUCUUGGUGCAUUCUGAUAACGCUGGUAGUGACAGUGACAGUUUGUGUCACGCUUAGCAGAAUUCUUGCGCAAGUCGACCCAAAACUUCAAGGCGAAAUUGAAUUUGACGAGAUUGAAGCACAAGAGGCGGUGAACUUAUGGAAUGGUCGGUUACAAACCCUCGCCAAGGCUCAGGCUUUUGAAGUUAUCGAGGAAGUCUCAAACACUUUCAUUCACGACGAAGAACAUUCUGAUGUCUCGGAACAAGUUCGUCGAGGAGCAGAAUAUCUGAAAAGACUGUACCCCAGAUAUGGAGGAGUGGUUAAGGGACAUUUCCGUAACGACAGUUGGAGACCGAGGGAUGAGCGACUUAGAGAACUUCUUGAUCGAUCGCAAUCCACCGAAAUGUUAAUAAAUGCCGAUAAGAAGUAUAGAAGGGGCUAUGGUGUACGUUACACGACCAGCAUAUGAGCAUGAUUGAGUCACGCAAUCCUUUGAUCACGCGAAUAUCCAAUCUACAAAUGGCGGCUUAAAGUCCUGGGACACUUAACGCGAUAUAACAAAAGUCGAAUCUUUCCCUACCCUCUUCCCCUAAAAAUGUUGAAUUCUAGGCACUUUGUAAACUUUAUCAAGAUGUGAUAACUGUUUGCUUUACCAACAUUGUUGGGAGGGGUAAGGGGAGGGUAGGAUCUGUGAAAAAGCAUGAAUUGGCCAAAGAUGGUGUUUGUAAUAUUUUGGGAUUGAGGAUAUAUUUUCAAUAACUUUCCCAAGGAGUUUAUACUUGCAUUGUAGCUUCCUAGCUCACUCAAUAGAAGUGACCAUUUGGGAAGCUCAAGUUGAGACCUUAUCAAAGCUUGAAUUUUUCCAGGCUUAUUGUUCUACAGUUUCCACAACUUCAGUACACCUGUGAGGAUAAUUUUGACAUUUUUUAUCACCCAAAGGUGAAACUAAGUUGAACAAUUACUUUGCUUAUUUUUGUGUGAUGAAAGAAUUUAAAAUACAAACAAUUUGGCUAAUAAGAAAAAAUUUGAUCAGAAUUUUAAUAUGGUUAUUGGUUGUCAAAUGCUCUAAUUCUUGUGCCUCAGUCCCUAUUUUCCAGUUUUAUUAACAAUUUUUUGAGAUUGUGGGGCAUCAUUUGGGGAAUGUAGGUUUUCUAAAAAGCUUAGUAACUCUUCCACUCCCCAGAAUUCUUAAGAUGUUAGUUUUGAGAAUUUGGUAUUGGAUCACCUAACACUCCCCCAAUUGAUAUUAUUUUUUUAUUCUCAUCACUGCUUCCCCCUUUCUCCUGCAUGCUGAAUACAAGAAAAAGAGGUCCUGGCUAGCAGGGGAUUUGUCUGCUUGAUACUGGAUUGAUAUUGUGGGGAG